AUGUGGCUCCCAAAUAGUAAGGGAAGCCCUGGAAGCAAAAAGGGUAAUGGAAAUGGGACAGGAGUAGUUGCACUUGCUAUUGAUAAAGAUAAAGGAAGCCAAUAUGCAAUAAAAUGGGCUACUGAUAAUUUGGUUAAGAGAGGACAAACUCUUGUUCUUAUUCAUGUUGUCACCAAGCCUAUUGCUUCACAAUAUGGAAACUGUGGUGGUGUUCAUGUUGUAGAUGGAAAUUUAUCUCCACACGGCCAAAACCUUGAGAAACAAACCAAAGAAUUGUUUCUUACUUUCCAUUGCUUUUGUACACGUAAAGAUAUUCGUUGCUUGGAUGUAAUACUUGAAGAUGCAGAUGUACCAAAAGCACUAACAGAAUAUUUAUCUAGUGCUGCCAUUCAAAAUUUGGUUCUUGGAGCAUCUAGGCAUGGCUUUAUCAGACGGUUGAAGGUUACAGAUAUACCAAGCAGUGUAUCAAAGGGAGCACCAGAUUUCUGUACUGUUUAUGUCAUCUCAAAGUCAAAGAUCUCUUCUGUGAAAAAUGCUUCUCGCCCGGCCCCUAUGGCAUCGCCUCUUUAUAAGAAAAUACAGCAAUUGGAAGAACAUGUUCAUAGUGGUGGUUUUACCCCUACUGCAACUAACAGGGCCAUCCAUAUUGGAUCAGUCGGUGACAGGUCUCAACGACGAUCAUUCGUAACUGAUGACAGCAGAAAAAUUGGGUCACCAUUUGAUAGACGAAGAGUCAUCCCUUCAAGGAUUUUUUCUGACCUUUCUGAAGCGGAUACGGAUUUAUCAUUCGUCAGCUCUGGUAGGCCAAGCACUGAUCGUACAUCCUCCUUGAUGUAUGAUGGCAUGGAUUCUGGACGUAUUUCACAAAUAUCAACAAGUUCAGAUAGUAGCUUUGGCUCGGAGCGCUUGGGAGCUAGGGGGAGUGAGCUCAGCUCUUUCAAUGACUUCUCAUUAUCCUCAUUUGAGACUGACGAUGGAGAGGCCGAAAUGAGAAGGCUAAAGAUGGAGCUUCAGAGGACAAUGGACUUGUACAGUACAGCAUGCAAAGAAGCACUGACAGCAAAACAGAAGUCAGUGGAGCUCAAUCUAUGGCGGGUGGAAGAAGAAAAGAGACUGGAGGAGGCACGGCUUGCAGAGGAAGCUGCAAAGGUAACAGCAGAGAAGGAGAGAGAUAAAUAUAGGGUUGCCAUGGAAACUGCUGAAGCAGCUCAAAGGCUUGCAGAACUUGAAUCAAAAAGAAGAGUAGAUGCUGAAAUGCAAGCCCAUAAAGAAGCAGAAGAGAGGGAGAAAGCAAUGAUGAACUUAGGUCAAGUUGAUUUUAGAUAUAGGAGGUACAACAUUGAAGAAAUUGAAGAGGCAACACAAUUUUUCUCUGAUUCUCUCAAGGUUGGAGAAGGAGGAUAUGGUCCUGUCUACAAAUGUUAUCUUGAUCACACACCAGUAGCAGUUAAGGUCUUACGUCCAGACGCAGCACAAGGAAGAUCUCAAUUUCAGCAAGAGGUUGAAGUCCUGAGUCGUAUGAGGCAUCCUAAUAUGGUACUACUUCUUGGAGCUUGCCCAGAAUAUGGUUGUUUGAUAUAUGAGUACAUGGCAAAUGGAAGUUUAGAGGAACGUCUCAUGCGACGUGGAGAUAAAAAAUCAACACUCUCAUGGCAGCUUAGAUUUCGUAUUGCAGCGGAGAUUGCCACUGGCUUGCUGUUUCUUCACCAGACCAAGCCAGAACCUCUGGUCCACCGUGACCUCAAACCUGGAAACAUUCUUCUUGACCAUAAUUUUGUAACCAAGAUUAGUGAUGUUGGACUAUCAAGGCUUAUCCCUCCUUCUACUACUGAAGAAGUAACACAAUACCGGAUGACAUCUGCAGCUGGCACAUUUUGCUAUAUUGAUCCAGAGUAUCAACAAACAGGCAUGCUUGGGGUUAAAUCAGAUGUUUAUUCCUUAGGAAUUCUUCUUCUGCAAUUGAUAACAGCCAAGCAAGCAAUGGGCAUAACUCAUUAUGUUUCUCGAUGCAUUGAGAAGGGGGAAGAGCUUAUAGAGAUACUAGAUCCUUCGAUUUCUGAUUGGCCAAUCGAAGAGACCUUGAAUUUUGCAAAGCUAGCACUCCAAUGUGCAGAACUGAGGCGGAAGGAUCGGCCAGACCUGGGCAAAAUAGUCUUACCUGAGCUUAGUCGAUUGAGAGCAUUGGGCGAAGAAAAUAUGGGUCCCUUGGUGAUAGGUGGAAGUGCUUGCCCCUCCCCCAGCCACAGCCAAGCAUAUACAUCACAGGCAAGUUGGUGA